GAAGAAGGCACCAACACCAACAUCAACAACAGUUACUAGGGUAACGUCAACAUUUCGAGUUGCUGACUUUCUUCUAGCUAGCUGGCGUUCUUCAAUUUUUAGCAUUUUCCUCUAAAGUAAACUAGUUAACUAACGUUAACUAGACAGUGGUUGGAAUUUUUAAAAAUAAAUAACGCUGCUGUCGACGAAAAAGACCAAGACAGAGUUAAUCUUAAGGCAUCAUGGCAAGUCAGCGGCCUCCCUCCAGCAUAGGCCGCCCAAUGAGCCGCAGUGGAUCUGUGGUCCCUGUCGCUGGAAGACUCCCAACGGCCGUUCGACCUCCUCCUACAGCUGUUCGAGUUGCAACUGGGAUCGUUCCAGGUACAAGUGGUCAUCCCGGCAUGAGGGGCGGCAUCCCCAUCGCCGCCCCUGGAGUUCUAUCAGCACAGAUAAAAGUGACUGACAGGCCUGUGACACAACAGGGGCUCAGUGGUAUGAAGACUGGCAUGAAAGGACCUCAGAGACAGAUUCUGGAUAAGUCCUACUACUUGGGCCUUCUUAGGAGUAAGAUCAACGAGUUAACCACAGAGACCAGCAAACUGCACAAAGAGAUUGACAACUACAACCAGGAGAAUUCUGUGUAUCUCUCCUAUGAGAAGAGAGCUGAAGGCCUUGCUACAGAGAUAAAGGAUCUACAAGGCCAGCUUGCUGACUACAACAUGCUGGUGGACAAGCUUAACACCAACACAGAGAUAGAGGAAAUGAUAAACGACUAUAACAUUUUGAAAGCCCAGAAUGACAGCGAGGCUGAAAGCAUUGAUAACAUCUUCACUGAGAGGAGAGAAAGAGAGGAGGCUAUCCGGCAGAUUGAAGAAGGGAUCAGGAGGGAAAGGCGGGUUGCCGAUGAGGUUGUCCAGGCAAUGUCAGCUACAAAGCAAGAGAAGUAUUUCACCAUGACAACAGCCAAUGAGGAACUGCUACAGGAGCUAACUGUUCUACAGGAGGAGCUGGACAUUCUGAUAACUAGGAAGGAGGACUACGAUGCUGAGCUGUCCCACUCGCACAUAAAGCAGGAAGUGGUUCGGCUUCAUGAGACUCUGUCAGCGCUGGAGGCGAAGCGGGACGCCAUGGAGGCUGAGCAAAAGAGUCUGGGCUCCCCACAGGAGGAGAGAGAGCAAUUAUUCAAACAGGUGAAGGAGGACAACCAGGAAAUUGCCAGCAUGGAGAGACAGCUUACAGAGAUCAGGGACAGCACACGAAAAAUCAAAGAGGAGAUCCAACAACUGGAGCAGGACUCAGAGGAGGCGCAGGGUAACACUGGGGAGUGUCAGCAGAAAUACAAAGAGCUGAAGAGGAGAGAGGAGGAAAUUGACCGAUACAUGGAGUCAUUUGAGGAGACCAAGGCUCAGGAGCAGGCCAAGAUGACACAGAGCCAAGAGAACAUUGUUUCGCUCCUGGAACACUGCAGCAGAAACAUGUUGCGGCUACAUCAGGUGGAUACAGUCACCGCUAGUGAGCUGAGAAACAUGCAGGAGGUGCUGGUCAGCAAGGAGACGGAGGUGGUUCAAUCAGAGAGCACUGCCAGAGGACUGACAACUGAGUCCCAGCGUCUGCAGCAGGACCUGGAGAAGGUGCAGCAGCUGGAGGGGAAGAUCACAGGUGAGCUCAGCACCCUGAAGGAGCGCGUCGCCACCAUGCAGUCUGAGCUGGUCACCUACCAAGACUUGGACACCCUGAGGCACACAGCUGAGCAGAAGAAAAGGAGACUACAGGAGGGCCGCGUAUCCCUGACUCAGCGUCGGGAUUCAUUGAGGCAGCUGUUGGAGGAAAUGAACCAGAAAUAUGAAGCUCUGAAGACCAAACUGAAACAAAACGAGACUCAUGCUCAGCUGGCUAACCUUGAGAGGAAAUGGCAACACCUGGAGCAGAACAACUUUGUAAUGAAAGAAUUCAUCGCCUCUAAAUCUCAGGAGAGCGACUACGCCUCAGUUGCUAAGAACGUCUCCCAACAAGUGGCAGAGUACAACAAGAGUCUCAUAGACUCCCUGCAGAACAGGAGUUAAACACACACACACACGCACACACACACA